AUGUCUACAGUNACGCCAGCGAGACCAGCAGCAGCGCUCGUGGCUCUCUCGGUACUGAGACUGGCGGCGUUCGUCUUCCCCGUUCCUUCCUCAAGAACAACGCUGGUGUCACUGUCGCCGGCACCAACACUGGUACUGGUACCCGUACUAGCAGUGCAGUCUCCUCCUCCGCUGCUCCUUCUUCACGCCUCUCUUCUGCCACUAGCGUCAACGAGCGUCCCGCCCACUUCGAGCUCCGUACCACUGGAUGGAUGCACGUCAGANAAGGACUUCCGUGAGGAGAAUGUCCCCAAGCUUGCUGACGAUGAAGUUGAAACGUUCAAGGAUGGCAGUGAUGAUGAGGAUUUUGACAUGUAA